UAGCCUAGCGCGUCCUUCUCUUCUCUUUCCCACCCCCAACCACGCGGUCCUCCGUAUUCACCCCCGCUCUUUUUUUCCCAUCCCCCUCUUCACCCCAGGCUGGGGAAUCUCCAUUGACGUUCGGGUGACGCUGCUGUGCUGCCGCUGCGGGGGGGGUGGGGGGUGGUUCCCGGCGCUGUACAGGUAACGCCGCCGCUGCCGCCAUAUUGACCGAGCUGGGUACUGGGAGGGAGCCCUAGAAAACCGGGUGGGGACAGUCAACGCCGAACGACAGUCGCGGUGGCGGCAGUGGUGAGCGCAAGCUGAGUGGAGCUCUCCGUGAGGUAGCACAGAGUUUUCUUGUAUAUGGGGAGCAGCUGCCCGCAGCGGCGAUCCUCCUCUCACAGCCUCUGAGGGCACCCUGCCGCUAGGUCGCUGAAGGAGGGGCUGGGGGUUCCGCUGGUGGCGGCGGCGGCUGGCAAGCUCCAACGACGGGAUGCGCGGCUGCACCAGUGGUUGGCAGCUCCUGCUCAAGUGCUCCUGAAGGGGCGAUGCUACCGUUCUCUCCUCUGGACGAGCUCUGGAACCAAGAAAUGGAGGUUUUCGGAGGCGGCGCGAGCAUCGGCGAGGUGAAUGGUCUUCAAAUGUUUGAUGAGCCAAUGGAAGAGGGAGAAGCAGAUUCUUGCCAAGAUGAAGGAGUUGUUAAAGAAAUCCCUAUUACUCAUCAUGUUAAGGAAGGAUAUGAGAAGGCAGAUCCUGCACAGUUUGAGUUGCUCAAGGUUCUUGGUCAGGGAUCCUUUGGGAAGGUUUUUCUUGUUCGAAAGAAGACCGGUCCUGAUGCUGGGCAGCUCUAUGCAAUGAAGGUGUUAAAAAAAGCUUCUUUAAAAGUUCGAGACAGAGUUCGAACAAAGAUGGAAAGGGAUAUACUGGUGGAAGUAAAUCAUCCAUUUAUUGUCAAAUUACACUAUGCCUUUCAGACUGAAGGGAAGCUGUAUUUAAUACUGGAUUUUCUCAGGGGAGGAGAUGUCUUCACAAGAUUAUCCAAAGAGGUUCUGUUUACAGAGGAAGAUGUGAAAUUCUACCUGGCAGAACUGGCCCUUGCUUUGGAUCAUCUGCACCAAUUAGGAAUUGUAUAUAGAGAUCUGAAGCCAGAAAACAUUCUGCUUGAUGAAAUAGGACAUAUCAAGUUAACAGAUUUUGGACUCAGCAAGGAAUCAGUAGAUCAAGAAAAGAAGGCUUACUCAUUUUGUGGUACAGUAGAGUAUAUGGCUCCUGAAGUAGUAAAUAGGAGAGGCCAUUCCCAAAGUGCUGACUGGUGGUCAUAUGGUGUACUUAUGUUUGAAAUGCUUACUGGUACUCUGCCAUUUCAAGGUAAAGACAGAAAUGAGACCAUGAAUAUGAUAUUAAAAGCAAAACUUGGGAUGCCUCAGUUUCUUAGUGCUGAGGCACAAAGUCUCCUAAGGAUGUUAUUCAAAAGGAAUCCAGCAAAUAGAUUGGGUUCAGAAGGAGUUCAGGAAAUCAAACGACAUCUCUUUUUUGCAAAUGUUGACUGGAAUAAAUUAUAUAGAAGAGAAGUUCAACCUCCUUUCAAACCUGCUUCCGGAAAACCAGAUGAUACUUUUUGUUUUGAUCCGGAGUUUACUGCAAAAACACCUAAAGAUUCUCCUGGUUUGCCAGCUAGUGCUAAUGCUCAUCAACUCUUCAAAGGAUUCAGCUUUGUUGCAACUUCUGCUGCAGAAGAAUGUAAAAUCACUCCUGUCACAAGUGCAAAUGUGUUACCAAUUGUUCAGAUAAAUGGAAAUGCUGCACAAUUUGCUGAAGUAUAUGAGUUAAAAGAGGAUAUUGGUGUUGGGUCCUAUUCUGUUUGCAAGCGAUGCAUUCAUACAGCUACCAACAUGGAAUUUGCAGUGAAGAUCAUUGACAAAAGUAAGAGAGACCCCUCAGAAGAAAUUGAAAUUUUGAUGCGCUAUGGACAGCACCCUAACAUUAUUACUUUAAAGGAUGUUUAUGAUGAUGGUAGAUAUGUUUACCUUGUUACGGAUUUGAUGAAAGGAGGAGAACUACUUGACCGUAUUCUCAAAAAAAAAUGUUUCUCAGAACGGGAAGCUAGUGAUGUACUGAUUGUAAUAACUAAGACAGUUGACUAUCUUCAUUGUCAAGGAGUGGUUCAUCGUGAUCUUAAACCUAGUAAUAUUUUAUAUAUGGAUGAAUCAGCCAAUGCAGACUCCAUUAGAAUCUGUGAUUUUGGGUUUGCAAAACAACUUCGAGGGGAAAAUGGACUUCUCUUAACUCCAUGCUACACUGCCAACUUUGUAGCACCUGAGGUUCUUAUGCAACAGGGCUAUGAUGCUGCUUGUGAUAUUUGGAGCCUGGGUGUUCUUUUUUACACAAUGCUGGCUGGCUACACUCCAUUUGCUAAUGGCCCCAAUGAUACUCCUGAAGAGAUACUGCUACGUAUAGGCAAUGGCAAGUUCUCAUUGAGUGGUGGAAACUGGGACAAUAUUUCAGAUGGAGCAAAGGAUUUGCUCUCCCAUAUGCUACAUAUGGACCCACAUCAACGGUACACUACAGAACAAGUAUUAAAACACUCAUGGAUAACCCACAGAGACCAGUUGCUGAAUGAUCAGCCAAAUAGAAAUGAUACAUCACAUGUCAUUAAGGGUGCAGUGGUCACCACAUGUUCUGCCCUGACUCACAGGACCUUUCAACCAGUCCUUGAGCCUGUUGCUGCUUCAAACUUAGCACAGCGACGGAGCAUGAAAAAACGAACUUCAACUGGCCUGUAAGAUUUCUAGUGUUCCUCAGCCAUACUGGAUGAAGAAAAAAUUAAACGUGUGGCUUUUUGCCUAAUCUUAUAUCAAAGGCAUCGUAUUCUGCUACAUUACUUGAAUAGUCUGUUUAAACCUCCUUUUUUAGGGGGAUGAGAUUUAAAAAACACAGGUCCACAGUAUUCAUACAAUGUUGUUUUGCAGUAGUCUUCAAGUGUUUAAGUAUAUAAUUGGUGUCUACAAGGUCCUAACAAUUUUUCUGCACACUAACUUGUAAAGUUCCUUUCAAAUAAAGUUACUUUAAUAGUUUUUCUGGUCUCAUAAAAUAAUGAUUUGGGGGAUCAUUAACAAUAAUCAGGAUGCAAAUAUAAUAGUAUAAUGCCAAGCAAUGCCAAUAUUUUUUAACAUCAGAUCCUGAAGAAUGGGCUUUUUUAAAAAGAAAAACAAACAAAUAAUGUAUUGUAGAAGCUUGUUAUGGUGUACAACCAAAGGACUACAUUCAUUUGUGCUAAUAUGUGAACUCCUGAUACGGUUGGUGCCAAAGUUUUUACAGAAGAAUUAAAUCACAAAUUACGUGUGCAGACAGACCUGUAUAUUACCCAUAAAUGUCCUCAUCUAGAAAUAAAGGUUUCUAUAAGUCUUCUGUAAAUUUUACAUCUAAUGGAAUUGUACAGUUGAGGAAUUUUUUAGCCAAAGGCUUUAUAUUGGUGUUGUAAUCUACUAAAUAGGUUAUAGUUAAGCCUUUGAAAAUAAAGUACAUGUGUUGCUACUACCUUCGUGAUAUGUAAGCUGAGUUUCAAGUUAAUCAGUUGGAUUUAAUCAUUAUCUUUCCCUCUUAUAGUGAGCUACACUGUUGCUUUUUGGACUUCCAAAAUUGAAUUACAGUGUAGCAUAUUAAUUUACCUUGAAUCCUAUGGUAAUAUAGUUUAAAUUUUAUUGUCGUGGACUUAAGCACACAUGAUACAGUAUAAUGCAUUUCAGUAAACUUAAUGCUACAGACAGAUAAACUGACAUUUUGAAAAGGAAGCAAUAUUAAUGAUUUACACAAAAUCUGAACACAUUUUUAAUCAUAUUUAUAAAAAUGUCUGACAAAUUUGGUCUUAUUAUUGAAUUUAUGUUUCAGAACCACUGGGUAAUAUAUAUUGUUUUCUCUAAAUGAUUGAAUUUUAAAGAAUAUUUUCAUGUUGUUGAAGAAAAUACCAUUACUACUACUACUACUGACAGAAACUCAUGAAUGUAAACUGGAGGAUAUUACAGUUUUGUUUAGUGAAUAUAAGUGAACUACUUGUAUGUGCUAAAUGUACUGUUUGCUGUGUAUUGUAUUUUGUUUAAUUCCGAGAGAAAGUUGAUUACUGAGCACUGAAGUAUACAGUUUAGGCUAGAAGGCUUGUAACUUCAGUAUUCAAUAAAGGAAACUAUACAUAUUCUCUUUAUAAUGUAAGUGAUAUAUACUCUGUGUACAAAAAUCUGUUUAUUGGGUGUGAUGUAUAAAAGUAUAUACCCUUAAUUUGAGGUGUCUUUUUGCAAUAAUUGAAAGGCAUUAAAAAAAUCUAAUGCCACAUGGAAAACAUUACUUAGAAAUAGACUGGUAUCAUAUCUUGUGAAUUUUUAUUGCCCGUUUUGGCCUUUUCUUUCCCCAUUUUGCUUUAAUACUAGAAGUACUUGCAUGUAAUGAUUUGUGUCCAUAUAUUCUGACUUACUUUCUUCUUGUCAUCUUGUUUGUGCUUUUAUGCCUUCUUCUUAUUGGAAUUAAUAUAACAAACUAAGAGGUAUGAUUUUGGUGUUGAACUUUUCAGAACAGAGAUACUAUUUCCAUGUAUGCUUUUCUAGCAAUAGCAUUAGGGUAGGUGAAAUUGGAAAAUGAAAAAUUAUCACAAAAUAACUUCCAUUCUUUCCAUAAUCAAUAGUUUUUAGAAGUAGCUGAUCUUAGUUAAUUUUUCAGUGAGGUUACUCAGAAGGAUAAUAUCAUACAGUCUUUUCAUGAAAGGAACACAGAAGUAAGCAAUGAACAACACAAUUCUUGAUCGCUCAAUGAGAAGUGACAAAUUAUUAAAGACACAGAUAUGCUAGUGGAUUUUCCCAAUAAUUACAUAAAAAUUUCUGCUGGAAAGUUCAAACAAAGUAGGUUAAAAACAGUAAUUGGGACAACCCUAUUGUAAGGGAAGUCUUCAAACUAUAUACCCUCAUUUUGUAGAAGGAAUCCAGGUAGGGAUGCCUAAUCAUGUCCAUUUUGGCUAGAGCAAAAAAUGCGGAUGUGAAUGGGAGCUUUUUUGGUGGGGCUUCUAUAAAUGCUUAACCACUAAAAUCCUUCCUAUAAAAUUUUAGGAUAUUGUGUUUUUUAAUGGAUUCAUGAACAAUUCAUUUGCAUUGCUUUUCUUUGUAGUUGAUGGUUCUUGCUAGUAUUUAAUGAUAGCACAAUUUGGGGUUUUUAUUGUUCUGGAAAGAAGGGGAUAUAUUUUUUUCCUCAAAUGGAAAAUACCAGGUUUGCCCACAUAGACUAAUAAUUUAUUAUCCUAAAGCACAUAUUAUCAUGAAUAAACUCAGGAAACCAUUGAUAAGAUAAUUAAGAUGUAGUGGUGGUGAUUUUGUGUGGGAAAAUGGUUUCAGUUAUUUCAUGAAAAUCAAACUUGAGCCUAUUUUGUUAGACCCAGAAAUGCCUAAACUUUAUUUUUUGUAAUUUAUUGCCAUUGGUAAUUACACAUAGUAAAACAUUUUGAUAGAACCUCUGAUUCACCCAAAGGGAUUUCUUAUGUGUAGGCAACCCACAAACUUAAGAACAGAUGCUUGGUGUUUACAAUGUCUCCUCAUUGAAACAUCAUGUUAAGGUAGUACUGUCCAUAGAAAGUUACUCAUACUGAUUGAAUAGUAUUUUCUUGACAUUAUGAGGCCCCUCAUAUAUGAAAAAGGAAAAGAACUGCUUAACUUGGACUUAAGAUCAACUAGAAAGCUUAGGAUUUAAACUAGGCAAAGUAUGUCUGUGGCAUUCUGUAUAUUCUCUGUCCCUGGCUUUCCAGUCCCCAUAUACUAUCCUACUUGAGUACCUCACAGAGGACUCCAUGAUUAAAGCUUACUCCGGAAGGAUUAUCUGCCCCAGAAGCACCUCACACCCUUCCCCUUCCCCAAAUCAGAACUUCCAUUCUCACAGAGCAGCUAUAUUCAGCUAAAAGAGUGAAAGGAGAGUGAUCUCAUUUAAAUUCUUUUUUUUGUCAGUGGCUAAUAAUUUUUCAAGGGAGAUGCCUAUUAAUCUAAUGAAUUUCUAGUUGCUGGAUUUUUAGGCUGUCUAACCAGACAAGAGUAAUUGUAUCAGUUGUUAUCAGGGAAGAUAUUUCUGGGCAAGGAAUUUACACAGUGUGCCCCAUGAUCAGAUUAUCUCAUAAACUGUUUCUUUUAUGCACUGCUUCAUCAUUUCUACUUCUCAAUAUACUUUUUCUCUUCCAAGAAACUUCCAAGCUUUUUAAUCACAAUGAACUUAUAGAACGGUGUGGAGGGAGAGACAGUUGUUAAGUGCAUAUUUAUCUGUAUUCUUGUUUCUCGUAGUACAUAGCCUAUAACAUAAGGAGCCUCCAGCUCCCCAGCCUCUAUUCCUAUUGUAUUGAUAAAAGUAUAGAAAGGUCGAAUGCAAACUGUCAGUGGAGUCCAAGUCUGCAGAUCCUUUGUCUACAUUUCAGGACACAGAGAUCCUUGAUCUUCUCAACACGAAUGCAAGCCAUAUUAAGUCAACUGUAAUUAAACUCCAUUACAACAUUUUCUUACGUUUCAAAGCUUAUUUAGGUUUUUUUGGUGUGUAUCUUAAUAUAAGCACACAGUAGUGUGCUAUCUGCCUUCCUAUGCAAGAGUGCAGCGGCAUUGAUAGUGGUUACUCACAAAUAAAUUAUACUCAUGAUACACUGUUCCUGGUUUUAUUCUUACAAUAUAGUGAAGUCCAUCAUAUCAUUUGAAUAAAAUGAUAAUGCUUGAUCACCUAAAGUUCAGUUUGGUUGCUAAUACUUGAAGGUAUGUUAGUCCUAAAUUGUAAGGGUAAGUUUCUUUGAAAUACGAAGAAAACUAUAAAGGGAAAGUAUUUUUAGGAUAUAGAAAUUCAAGUUUGUUUAUAUAUAUUCCACAGAUUAUGUAAAGUUUUAUUGACCAGCAAGAAAUCUUAGCUAAAUGCUUAGAAAUAAAUAUAUAUGUGAUUGGCAAGUUAGGAUUUGUUCUAUAUUCACAUUUCUAAACCUUGAAAAAUAGAGCUUCUUUGGAUCACUGUUUAGCCUUCAUACUAUUUGUCUAAUUAUGUGAACUAAUUUACUCUUCAAAGGGUAUUUACUAAACAUCUAAUUUUAUGUAGAACAGUUCUAGAUAACAUACUAAGUGUGUUAGUUUAUUAAUAAAUUGUCAUAAUGUGACCAAUUGGAUUUAUUUGCUUUUUUCCUUCCUAUCAAACUAAUGUUACUCAGGUCACAUUUGAUUUCUCUUUUCAAAUUCACUCUGAUAUUGAUACCACUAAUAGCAGAAACUCUAAGUUUGUUUUUUAGUACAAUAAAAUUAUUAACAUCACAAAAGCAUUCCAUCAAAAAAAUCAUCCAUUUUAAAAUUUAUACAAGAAACUUUAAUUAAAUAUCCAAAUGCCGGCGGGGUUUGGAAAUGAGAAUUUUGCAUUAAAUUCCAGAGUACAAAAAAAAGAAUAUGAUUUUUCUGUAUUUGAUUGAAAAAAAAAACAGUAAGUACUGUUGGUAGUUGUGAGUUACAUGGGGUUUAUGCACAAAGAAUAAAGUUUGAGGCUAUAGUUACAAUAAAAAAUGCCUUGCCAACACUUUCCAUAUACUGAGGAAUUCCUAAACUUAUUUUCUGAUAUGGAAAAUAUAUUUACGGGCAUUUUAUUACACUUCUCAAGGAAGGAAUGGUGUUAAAUAGAAAUUGUGUGUACUUAAAAACUUAAAAGUUGCAAUUUAAAAAAAGGUCCCAAUUGUUCAGACAACUGUAUUUUCUUUCUCUGACUACAUUAUGGAAUUUAUACAUCAUUUAUUUUAUAAAUGUUUUCUUUAAAGAACUGUUUCUUUUGACAUUAUGGUUUCCGUUGUACUUUUUUCAUGUGAGAUCAAAUCCAGUAGUGCAUUUUACAGUGUUUCUUUCCCUCACAGUGCUGCUAAAGAAAUGGCUAUCAUUUUGAAUUUACAACAUGCCAAAGAUGACAUAGAAAUUAUAUUUAUUUUUGUUCUUGUUAUAACUCUGUGAGCAACAUUUAUCACAAUAUCGUGUUAAAUUACUGGCAUUCUCUGGGUACUAAAUAAAAA